UGGGUUCUGAAGCGUCUGAGUUCUGCAGCCUCACCUCUGAGAAAACCUCUUUUCCACCAAUACCAUGAAGCUCUGCAUGACUGUCCUGUCUCUCCUCAUGCUAGUAGCUGCCUUCUGCUCUCCAGCACUCUCAGCACCAAUGGGCUCAGACCCUCCCACCGCCUGCUGCUUUUCUUACACCGCGAAGAAGCUUCCUCGCAACUUUGUGGUAGAUUACUAUGAGACCAGCAGCCUCUGCUCCCAGCCAGCUGUGGUAUUCCAAACCAAAAGAGGCAAGCAAGUCUGCGCUGACCCCAGUGAGUCCUGGGUCCAGGAGUACGUGUAUGACCUGGAACUGAACUGAGCUGCUCAGAGACAGGAAGUCUUCAGGGAAGGUCACCUGAGCCUGGAUGCUUCUCCAUGAGCCGCAUCUCCUCCAUACUCAGGACUCCUCUCCGCAGUUCCUGUCUCUUCUCUUAAUGUAAUCUCUUUUAUGUGCUGUAUUAUUGUAUUAGGUGUUAUUUCCAUUAUUUAUAUUAGUUUAGCCAAAGGAUAAGUGUCCCCUAUGGGGAUGGUCCACUGUCACUGUUUCUCUGAUGUUGCAAAUACAUGGAUAACACCGUUAAUUCCAUGUGUUUUCAUAAUAAAACUUUAAAAUAAAAUGCAAA